AGUCUGCACGGGUAAUAGAACUGCGCUGGGGGUGGGCGUAAGAACGAGGAACGGUUAGUACAUCCUCGCGAAGGGUAGGAGCAAUAGCCGGUUGGCGCAAGUGCGGCGGGGAUAUCGUGGCCUGGCGGAGCCCAGUCGAGUCCCGUGAGUCCGGGCAAGCACAGCUAUUAAGGUGGUACGUGGUGGUGGUGUAGGCGUCGUCCGGGACUGAGAUUUCGAGCCGCCAUCGAAAAGCUUCUCAGUGUCUGUGCGUCUACGAGUAUUCGUCAGUUUCGCGUGGUACGUACAACGAUAGGCCGACCUCGUGCCGGAACUCAGCAGACAUCUCUCCCUUCCGGAUCGACGAGCCUGUUUCCACUUCGUAACGGCAAAAAGAAGGAUCAGUCAUAAGUACCACGACGGCGGUUAGAACCACUUCGCUAGCCGCGCUAACGCAAACCCGUGGAAGACGCGUACCAAGUAUAUACGGAGGAAUCGAACAGGCGUGUACGAUGAUUCUGCGCGUCUGAGAGCACCGAGGACGCGAGAGGGAGCGAGAUAGCUAGAUGGAUAGAUAGGUAGAUAGGUAGAUAGAGAUAGAUAGGACAGAUAGAACAACGCGCGGAAAGGGUUACGCGUACUGUCGCGUUAUUCGCAGUGUGCAAAGGAUAGAGUGACAACCGGCGUUCCGUGAUCGAGAGUGGGGGUAAACGUAUCCUAUCGCGGGAGGGUCACGAACGAUGUUAUCGUUCUUCGUCGCACGUUUCUUCGACCCCUGAUGACCAGUGCUCGCUCUCAGUGUAACGGAUUAACAGACUCUCACGAGUGUCUAUCGAUUAAACCGUUGAGAGAAGAGCGAAGAAAGAGGUAAAUCUCGCUAAGAGGAACGAGACGAGGGAAAUAAGGAGGAGACGAGCGAGAGCGAAAUAAUAAAGAGAAAGAAGAUCCAGGAAAAGGAAGAGUGGUGAAGGAUAGAGAAUUAGCGGCAACUGUGAGUGGACCGUGGUGCGUGGCGAGAGAGUGCGUGUGCUCUGAACGGAGCACGUUGCGAACGAGUAUCAUCGAGGACGGGGGGUCCAAAACGACAUUGGGGGGGCGUGUGAGACUUAUUUUGCCCCCCCUACCCCCUGGCCCCGUCGUCCAAAAUUGUGACUUCAUCGUUGUCAAGCCAAUUUCUCCUCGGCGUUGCAACGUUGCCGGUUAGGUCUGGGCGAGGCUCGAGGAGGACGCCUCCGCGAGGAUCAUCGGGCGCAGCGAAGGAGGAGGAAGCCACGACAGAUCGUGCCCCGUAGCGUAGGAAGUAGAGUAGUAAAAGAUGCUAGUCUUCCCGAGUAGCGAGCCACCGACGAGGAUGGGAUCGAUGCUGUCGCAUCAACGGCAACUCCGUCUGCUCCUGUCGAUACUGGUGCUGCUGUCCCCCCGGCUGCCGGUCCGCUCGACCCCCGCCGACAUAGUAGAAAGGUUCCACGAUCCGGAGGUGAAGCGUAUGAACCAUCUCGUCGUGGACAAGAACACCGGUCGCGUUUACGUGGGCGCGGUGAACCGGCUGUAUCAGCUCUCGCCGGACCUAAGCCUCGUAGUGAAGGAAGUGACCGGACCGAAGGGCGACUCGCCCGCUUGCUCGAUGAUCGACUGUCCGCGCGAGACGCCGACAAGGCUGGUGGACAACGUGAACAUGGCGCUGGUGAUCGACUACACGACCACCAGGUUGAUAGCUUGCGGGACCCUGUCGCAGGGCACCUGCAGCGUACGAAAUCUUCAAAACAUCUCUACCGUCGAGCUGGAGGUGAAGGAGGCGGUGGUGGCGAACAACGCCUCGAUGUCGACGGUCGCGUUCAUCGCGCCCGGUCCGCCGAAUCCGCCUGUCUCUCAAGUCAUGUACGUGGGUGUCACUUUUACCGGCAACUCGCCGUACAGAUCGGAGGUGCCCGCCGUGAGCUCCAGGUCCCUCGACCAGAACAAGAUGCUGAACAUCGCGCAAUCCGCCGUUACCACCGGCACCAGGAUGUACGUGAACUCGUUGUCGCGCGAACGGUACCGCAUCAACUACGUCUACGGUUUCAGCAGCGGCGGUUUCAGUUACUUCAUGACCACGCAAAUGAAGAACACCAACUCGCCGGCGUACUUGUCGAAGCUGGUCCGGAUCUGCCACGACGACCAGCAUUAUUACUCGUACACCGAGAUACCGAUCAACUGCACCAAAAACGACGUGUACUACAACCUCGUCCAGGCCGCGUACGUGGGCAAGGCUGGAUCGGUGCUGGCCGGAGAUUUGGGUAUCACCGCCCAGGAUGACGUGCUGUUCGCGGUUUUUGCCGAGAGCAACGGCACGAACAGCGACGUUCCCAAGCCGCACUCCGCCCUUUGCGUCUACUCGUUAAAGGCUAUCAGGAGGAAGUUCAUGACCAAUAUACAGAAGUGCUUCAGCGGGGAAGGACACCGAGGACUGGAAUACAUCUCGCCGAGUCACCAGUGCAUCUUAACGAAAUUGCAGACGAUCAGCGAGGAUUUCUGUGGUCUGGACGUGAACACGCCUCUGGGAGGCGAAGACGCCAUGAACGCGACCUCGGUGCUUACUUUCGACACUCAUCUCACCGCGGUAGCUGCUACAUCCACCGGAGACUACACCGUCGUCUUCCUGGGCACCCGCACAGGUCACCUGAAGAAGGUGGUGGUUGAGAGCUCGACCGUAGCUCAGGAGUACGGGGAGCUAGAGAUCGACCUGGGCUCGGUGGUGAACGCGGAUCUGCUGUUCGACUCCCAGCUGAUGCACCUGUACGUCAUGACGAACAAAACGGUCUCCAAGGUCAAGGUGCAAGAAUGCUCGGUGUACAAGACCUGCUGGGACUGUCUGGGAGCCAAGGAUCCUUAUUGCGGCUGGUGCUCGCUGGAGAACAAAUGCAACCUGCGCAGCGACUGCCAAGACGCCGCCAAGGAUCCGUUGUACUGGAUCUCGUACAAAAGCGGUAGAUGCAUAACGAUCACCACGGUCACGCCUGAUCAAUUGCAACGCACAACCGCCAGGACCCUGGAGCUGGUCAUCGAAAAUCUGCCCACGCUUCCUGGCCAAUUCCGUUGCGCUUUCUCGACCCUGGAUAAGACCUUGAUCACGAACGCCUCGAGGAAGUCGUUCGGCGUAAACUGCACCACGCCAAGGACCGAUCUCCUGCCGUCUAUCUCGCAAGGACAGCAUCACUUCACCGCGAAACUGUCCGUCAGGAUGACCAACGGGCCGGACCUGGUCGCCACGAACUUCACCUUCUUCGACUGCAACACCUACAGCUCGUGCACUCAGUGCGUGUCCUCGAGGUUCCCCUGCGAUUGGUGCGUCGACGGGCACAGAUGCACCCACGACACCGCUGAGAACUGUCGGAACGAUAUCCUGGUCACUGGAGUUAGCAGAACGGGACCAAGUUACAGAAGCGGGCCAGCGUUCUGUCCCACCUUGAAUGCCACCGAGUCCGCGGAAAUCCUAGUGUCUUCCGGCAUCAAGCAGUCCAUCCGUGUCAAAGUUCACAUCAUCGGGCAAUUCAUCGUGCAGACCCGGUUCGUCUGUCAGUUCAACAUAGAGGGCCGAGUGACCAGCGUGAACGCUCGGUUAUUGGGGGACACGAUUUACUGCGAGGACUACGAGUUCUCGUACACGUCACGGGCCCCGAACAUCACCGUGCCCUUCGCGGUGAUCUGGGGCGGCUCGAAGCCCUUGGACAAUCCGCACAACAUCCACCUGGUCAUAUACAGGUGCCGCGACAUGGCAGACAAUUGCGGGAUGUGUCUGGCGCUCGCGACCAAGUACAAUUGCGGAUGGUGCCAGAGCUCGGACAGGUGCGAGGUAAAGAAGCACUGCGACAACGGCACCGGCAUUUGGCUCAACAGCAACGAAACCUGCCCCAAUCCCGAGAUACACAUGUUCGAGCCUGUGAUGGGUCCAUGGGAAGGUAACACCAACGUCACCAUACGCGGCAUCAACCUGGGUAAAACAUUCUCGGACAUCUACAAGGGCGUUAUGGUCGGAGGGAUGCGAUGCCUGCCUUACGAGGAACUGUACAUGCGAACGAAGCAGAUCGUCUGCCGCGUGGACGGGCCAGGCACGAUCGAGGGCAAACGUGGUCCGGUGAUCGUGGAGAUCGAGGACUUCAGAGGUCAGUCCGAGUACAACUUCGAGUUCGUGGACCCGAAGAUACUCUCCAUAUCUCCGGAGUACGGUCCGGUGAGCGGCGGUACGACCAUAAGCAUCACCGGGAAAUAUAUGAACGCCGGCAGCACCAUCGAGGCCUUUAUCGACGAGCUACCGUGCUCCAUCAUCAACGCGGAUACGAACUACACCCUCUGCGUGACCAGCGCCAGCGACCGGAAGAGGAACGGCCAGGUGAAGAUGACGUUCGACGGUGCGUUCCGGAUCUACGACGGGUAUUUCAAGUACGUGGACGAUCCGACGAUCGAGAGCGUGGAGAGCGGCGUGGCGAGCCAGAUGAAGAUCCCCAAAGGCAUACCGGCGGGCGGCAUAAAAAUGUUGGUGACGGGGAAGAACCUCGACUGUAUACAGAGGCCACAGAUGUACGUGUACUACGACAAGAAGAUGUUCGUUUCUCAGUGCAAGGUGCACAGCCAAGAGACCAUGGUCUGCAAGUCGCCGACCAUCGAGGUCCCCGACGACGUAGUGUUGGACGGUGAGAAACCGUUACCGUUGGAGUACGGAUUCCGCAUGGACAACGUAACGGGCGUGCAGAAUCUCUCGCAGAGCGGGUUCAAUAGCUUCUUGCUCUACCCGAAUCCGAUCUACGAACAAUUCGGCGAGGAAAUCAAAUACUACAAGAGCGAGUAUUUGACCAUCAACGGGCUGCACAUCGAUCGCGCCUGUCAGGAGUCCGACGUCACCGUGCAGAUAGGAAACGCGUUCUGCAACGUCACUUCGCUCUCGAGACAGCAGCUCACCUGCAGACCACCUCUCACACAGCCGCCCGCUAUUGACUCGGAGGGUCUGCCCAACAAGCAGGAAUUACCCGACGUCAUAGUGAUCGUCGGUGGCACGCUUCGUUAUAAUAUAGGGAAAUUAAGCUACGAACUGCCGGCUGGUCUCAACGGACCGUCGAAACCAGCCCUAAUCGGCGUGAUCGCCGCCAUCGUUAUCCUGGUAUUCGUGUUCAUCGCCUUCCUCAUCGCUUAUCGUCGCAAAUCCACCGAGAGCAAUCGCGUAUUGAAGAACAUGCAAGAGCAAAUGGACAUUCUGGAGCUACGCGUCGCCGCUGAGUGCAAAGAGGCUUUCGCCGAGCUGCAAACAGAAAUGACCGACUUAACCGGUGAUCUGACCAGCGGCGGCAUACCGUUCCUCGAUUAUCGCACUUACGCAAUGAUGAUAUUGUUCCCCAGCGACGACAAUAGCCCGGUGUUACAAUGGGACCGACCGGAACUGGUGCGCAAGGAGAAAGGCCUGCGUCUGUUCGGCCAACUAAUAAUGAACAAAACUUUUCUGCUUCUGUUCGUACGGACCCUGGAGAGUAAUCGAUACUUCUCGAUGAGGGACAGGGUCAACGUAGCCAGUCUCAUCAUGGUCACGCUUCAAAGCAAGAUGGAGUAUUGCACGGAUAUCCUCAAGACGCUUCUCGCGGAGCUGAUAGAGAAGUGCACAGAAGGGAAAAGUCAUCCGAAAUUGUUCCUCAGACGAACGGAAAGUGUCGCUGAAAAGAUGUUGUCAGCCUGGUUCACCUUCCUUUUGUACAAAUUCAUGCGAGAAUGCGCCGGAGAACCAUUAUACGUGUUGUUUCGCGCGGUGAAACAACAGGUUGAUAAGGGUCCCGUUGACGCCAUCACGUCUGAAGCACGGUACUCCUUGUCGGAGGAGAAACUGAUCAGACAGUCCAUCGACUUCAAGCCUAUGACGGUGUACGUGUCAAUAUCGCAACAAACGGUGUUCGUGGGGGGCAUGGAUCCGAAUACGGAAAAUGUGCCGGUUAAGGUCCUGGAUUGCGACACGAUAUCUCAAGUGAAGGAGAAGGCUCUGGACACCAUCUACAGAGCCACGCCAUACAGCCAGAGGCCCAGGAAGGAUGACCUCGAUCUUGAGUGGCGAACCGGGGCGUCAGGAAGAUUGAUCCUCUACGACGAAGACUCGACAACAAAGACGGAGGGCGAAUGGAAGAAGCGAAACACUUUAAAUCACUACAGGGUACCGGACGGAGCGUCGCUCAAUUUAGUUUCGAAGCAGUCGUCGAUUUACAAUUUGUCGAUCCUUUCGGAGAAGACGGACAAAUCGCACAAAUACGAGACCCUGAACCUUAGCAAAUUCAGUUCGGCCAGUCCCCCGUUGUCGCGCGCCACGUCGCCGUUGAAUCAAAACCACGAUGGCGGCCUAAAGUGUUGGCACCUCGUCAAACACCACGACUCCGACGCGCGAAAGGAGGGUGAUCGCGGCAACAAGAUGGUGUCGGAGAUCUAUCUGACGAGGUUACUGGCAACGAAGGGUACGCUCCAGAAAUUCGUCGACGAUCUGUUCGAAACGAUCUUCAGCACUGCCCAUCGAGGCUCGGCCCUGCCUCUUGCGAUCAAAUACAUGUUCGAUUUCAUGGACGACCAAGCUCUGCAACACGGCAUAUCUGAUCCCGAAGUGGUCCACACAUGGAAGAGCAACUCCCUUCCGCUUAGGUUUUGGGUUAAUCUUAUUAAGAAUCCGAAUUUCAUUUUCGAUAUACACAAGUCCAACAUCGUCGACUCGUGUCUCUCCGUGGUGGCGCAGACGUUCAUGGACAGCUGUUCCACUUCGGAUCAUAGAUUAGGUAAGGACUCCCCGAGUUCUAAGCUACUUUACGCAAAGGACAUUCCAGUGUACAAAGAGUGGGUAGAACGUUACUACUCAGAUAUCAAAGUCAUGCCAGCCAUAUCUGAUCAAGACAUGAACGCCAUGCUUGCCGAAGAGUCUAGGUUACACACGACGGAGUUCAACACAAACUGCGCCCUCUACGAAUUGUACACGUAUGCGGGUAAAUACAACGAACAGCUGAUAGUUACCCUCGAGGAGGACGAGUUCUCACAGAAGCAGAGAUUGGCAUACAAGCUCGAGCAAGUGCACAACAUCAUGGCGGCGGAUAACCCCUGAUGUACCAUGAACUCUAUGAAGCAUAUGACAAAGCCCGCCCGCCAAGAGUUACCCUGCUGAAUACUCGACCGGAGUUAGGUAUUCUCAAGGAAGCACCAAGAGGACUGGCCUAUCUUGUAAUCGAUCGUCUCAGGUUUUCGUGCAAGCCAGUUAUCUCAGCUUAGUACGCGAAUUAUACACAAGAAGAAAACACUGCACAACGGACCGCUAUUGAAGUUAAUGAGGAAGAGUUUCAAUCGAGGGGACUGUGUGUUUUAUUUCGUCUUAUUUUAUUUUUUUUUUUUUAAUUCCUUUUCUUUGAGGUACGUGCGACAAGAGUCUUCUGGAACGGUCGCUGGCGGGCAGGUGUGCGGCGGCAAUCACAACGCAUGCCCCACGCAUAACUGUACAUAAGAUACCAAAAUCACGAUUAAUUGUAAUAGAAUUAUUGAUGCGCGCUCACACCGGCCGGCAGCCAGAACACGCAAAACGAUAACCGAUAAGGAUUUAACGGAAACCGCGGGGCUCAAAUCGUGGCCGCGAUCACGCCGCGAUCCUCACGGAUUAGGGUUUUAAACGAAACGAAAAAUAAUAGACAUUAGUGAUAUAAGUGAGUGAACGAAUCGACCGAUCGAUCCUGAUAUAUUUGUAAAUGUGUUUAAAAGGUAAAGAAAGGAAAAAAAAAAUGACAAAAAAAAAAGAAAAGAAAACAGAAAACGAUCGAUAAUGCCCGCGCGCUAUCAUCGGGGAUCGGCGAUUUUUAACGAAGAAACAUUUCCAUCCACCGCUACUAGCUGAAAUUUUUUGAAUUACGAACUGACGAAUUUUAAUAAAUAAGAUAAUUAACGAUUAAACGAUGAUUAAUUCAAUAAUAUGGGUAUAUUAUAUAUACAUUGGAUGGUAUGUCGUAUGUAUAUGUGUACAUAUAUACACUUUAUACCGGCGCAAAAGUAUGUGUGUAUGUAUAUGCAGUAUCCGAGAACGAGCGCGCGUACAGUAUCGCCCACGGACGACCGGGAUUUCGACGUUUCGACGAUCUGUUGCACAGAAACGACGCCAACGACGAAAUCCUCGUCCGUUUGUGAACGCUGGGCCUCGCCCACCGUCGGUCGAUCGAGCGGUGUUCGUCGUACUGUAUGUGCGCGUGCAUUGCGCGUAUUAUUUAUACUUACAUGCAUUCAAAACGGAAGAGAAAAGGAAGGAGUCAUCCGCGAAUCGGAGACAGACUGUGUAUUAGUUGAUAGGUAUUAAUCUAUAGACUAUGGCCGCGCGCGAGGCCAGCUCGAUGUGACGGUUGUGUUGAGUGUGCGUGCUUCCCCUCUUUGGUCUCCAGCUCAUUGUUCCAUUUUACCAUUAAUCGUUCGUUCUCAUCGUCGUGCGUCCAUCGCUGAUGGUCAUCUAUCAUUGUCGCUAUUUCAUAAUCAUCAAAAAUACCCCCGCCCCGAUAUCCCUUGACCCUUUGUCCUCGUGUCAUUAUCUCUCUACGUAUUACAUGUAGCAAAAAUGUCCACUAUCGACGGCGCCUCCUUCUACUCUUUCUCAUUCAUCCUAAGAAUCACACGUUGUGCCACUCUCUCCCUUGUAAUGCUUCAACGCCUCCGUCGUCAUGUUGUUGUCACUCUUAAUUAUUGUAAUAUAUAAUGAAUAACGAUCACUGUUGAGUAUUGUCUGAUUGUAAUACAUUGAUAUUGAAUUGAUAUGAAUUGAUAAUCAUUAAUUAAAAAGCGUAACAUUAAACUUUGUGGAUGUAGCCAUAUUGGUGUGGGUGGAACGUUUAAGCACUGAUGCAGACAAGAGUGGUCGGGAGCCGUUCGUGGAUCGACAGUACCCGAAUUAAUACUUUUUGCCCUGGAAACGUCGUUCGCCAUUGUAUCUUAUCAAGGGGAUCAAAAACAAAAAAAAAAAAAGAAACACGGACAUCGUCAAUUUCGAUAAUCCAUCGGCACGUUGUUCUUUUCUAUGGUUCAUUGUACGUUUAAACUAGCCAAUUCUGCAACGCACAUCGAAGCCCAACGAGGGGUCCUCGCCACGUUGGAGACGUUUAGCUGACGCGUAGGAUGGGGUUACGACGAUCGAGGCUAUCGUGAGGAGAAUUCAUAUCGGCGAAGGAGCUCCGCGGCGCGUGCCACGGGCGACCUUCGAGGGUCCUGUCGACGCGAGCGGCUGGCAGCGAAUGAGAAUCGUUUGCGUAUGCAUGCGCGUGCGCGUGUGUGUGUGUGUGUGUGUGUCCCGUGCGUCAAUUCAAUGUGCAGUUGUCAGUGGAGAAAGUAUUUAUUGCUCAAAAAACAUCGGAAGACCGUGUGUGGAAAGGUAAGGCAGCGGGAAAAAGAUACGGAGUUGGUAGGCUACGGGAAAGGAACGGGGGAGGGAGAACGGUAGGGAUACGGGGAACAUGGCGGCGAACGCGCGUGAAAGAGGAAAUGGAUCACACAGACAGGGUACGUCGGCGGAUCGAUGGGGAACAGGUAAAAUAACAUAACGGGAUGAAUUUCACGUCGUUCGACCGUUGUAUCGCAUAAAAGAAACAAAAAUACUAAUUAAAUAAAAAGAAUAAAAAGA